GGAAAAUACUAAUUACUCGCCAUUGCCAUUUCAGACUUUUAAACGAGUUAACAGGUGUCAACAUGUUGUGCUUAUUCUUGGUUUACCUUUCAAUUUUCUCCGCUGCAAAUACUGAAAGAUUGCCGGUAUCUUGCGGCCAAAUCCGGCAGAUCGUGGACAGCCACAACUUCAAGCGGACGAUGGCGGCUCGCGGCUUAAUACCGCGCCAGCCCGCUGCCUCCAACAUGAAGUUCAUGGUUUGGGAUGAAGAACUGGCUGAAAAAGCAGCAAGAUGGGCUGAGAAUGGACAGUUCAUUCACAAUCAAGACAGAACAGUACCUUCUCAAAGGUGGAAUUUGGUGGGCGAAAAUCUCUAUAUAUCAAAAUUUUACUCGACUAUAGAUGUGAAAGUAAUACCAAAAUUUGAAGAUGCUUUAAACGCCUGGUUCGAGGAGCAUUGGAAAUACGGAUUUGAACCUUACACAUUGGAGGCUGCUAAGCGUAUUGGACACUACACUCAGAUGAUAUGGGCGAACUCAACGCGCGUCGGGUGUGGAAUCUCGCAGACAAAAAAGGGUAGAAUGACAACGACACUCUAUGUUUGCAACUAUGGACCAACAGGCAACUGGAUCGGACAAACCCCGUACCAGCCAAGCCCGUUUAGAAACUGCGUUCGAUGCAACAGAGGGGAUUGCGAGAAUCUAUACGGAAUUUAUUGUUCAUAUAAAAUUUAAAUGUUAAUUGGUAAUUUUCUUUAGCGUAAAUUAGUUUAUUAUCGUGAGAUGCACCGCCUUUUUUCCUCUUUCGUUUUGGGAAAUAUCCUUCCAGUAGUGUUCUACGGUCGUCGCCAGAUUUACAGCGUUGGGAAUAGUAUUAGGAUAAGAAAUGCGUGAAUAAACACUUCAGGUUAAGCAAGCAAGCAAGCAAUAAACUUCGAGAGCUGCUUACCAUGAAGAUAGAUGGCUACACUCUUAAUUGCCACUCUUUAUAUAAAUAAAGCUGUUAGUAUUUUGAGAAAAACCGUUUUUAGAUCUUCAAUU